ACGAUAAAGGACAUAUAUAGUUGUGAAGUGAAGCAGUGAGGCUGAAUUCACCACAAUACAUCGGACAACACACAAAAAAGACAUGAUGCCACGUAUAUUCUUGUUCUUGGUGAUUUUGGCGUUAGUGAAACAUGCAUACCUUACAGCUGCUCCCUUACAAAAAGAAAAUGAGUCGCUCCCUGAAAUAAAUCCGAACAUCCGGACCCUCAUCAAGACAAACUUUGAACAAUUGUCAAAACUGAACAGCAGAUCCAGAUAUGCUGCAAGAAGCUGUAAAGAAAUCAGGGACAGAUACGAUCAACGUGAAGAUGGGUUGUACUACCUGACCACGGCUAAUGGCUUGACGUACCAGACUUUCUGUGACAUGACCACUGCUGGAGGUGGCUGGACGUUGGUGGCGAGUGUCCAUGAGAACAGCAUCUAUGGGAGGUGCACAGUUGGCGAUCGCUGGUCCAGUCAACAGGGCAACAAUGCAGCGCGACCAGACGGAGACGGAAACUGGUCCAACAGGAACACAUUUGGAGCAGUAGAAAGUGCCACAUCAGAUGAUUUUAAGAACCCAGGUUACUAUGAUAUAGCAGCAGAAGACUUGUCUGUGUGGCACGUUCCCAACGACUUCCCACUGGAGCACUGGAGCCUGGCAGCCAUCCUCCGCUACCACACUGAGAACAGGUUCUUCAGCCUGUACGGGGGGAACCUCUUUAAUCUCUUCAGGCAAUUUCCAGUGAGAUACAACAUAGGCUCCUGCACCAACAGAGGGCCAGCUAUUCCCAUUGUGUAUGACCAUGGAGACAGAGAGUCCACCAAAAUGCUUUACGGACCAAAUCCAAGAGGGGAGUUUGAAACUGGUUUCGUCACAUUCAGAGCAAUAAACCAUGAACGUGCCGCCAUGGCUAUCUGCUCUGGAGUCAAGCCUACUACCGGGUGCAACACUGAACACUACUGUGUAGGAGGGGGAGGAUACUUCCAUCCUGAUCAGUGUGGAGACUUCCCAUCAUUUGACUGGGACCGACUGGGAAAGGGUGGGGGCUGGAGCGCCUCCAAAGAGAUGACUGAGUCUGCUGUCUUACUUUUCUACCGCUGAGGAUUAUUUCCAUGUGGUUUAUGACGACAUGUCAUCUCAGACUAUUCAAUAAUAUCAUCUGUAGCUGGUAUUUCUUCUUAACAGAUUUUAGUUAGGGCAUGUCUCACAGUACAGACAAGCCAAUUGAAGAGUCAUUUGUAAUUAAGCUAGAGACCAGCAGGUGGCAGUACUGACCAGUGUAUUAGAAUAAAAGAUUUAAUGUUUGCAACUUGACUGAACCACCAUCUUUUGGCCUCCUCUCAGUCCAAAAAGUAGCUCUUUCAGGACAUCUCAAGUGAAGACUGUCUGAUAACAGCCAUUGUUUCAGCUUUGAGUGUAAAGAUGUCAUAUAACACUGAGACGCUGAUGAUGAAUUUGGCGGGGUAUGCAUCAAAUAAAAUGUUGACAUUAAAGGUUGAAUAUUUGUUGCCUUUUUCGAAUAUUAA